UCCAGGGACGACCAGGCCUGGAGAACCCUUUCUGGAGGGCAGAUUCAGGACCUCAUUCGGUUCCCAUGAGGAACAGCAGCUGCGUCCCAGCUGAAAACAGAGAGAAGACAAAGUUCCGAAUGGCUGCAGUGGAGCAUCAUCAUUCCUCAGGAUUGCCCUACUGGCCCUACCUCACAGCUGAAACUUUAAGAAAAAGGAAGGGCCGCCAGGCACCUCCUCCAACUCAGUGUCAUCUGGGAGGUCAACCACCUCCAUCAGCUAAAGGUUGUCUGAGACCUCUGAAUCUUUCUCGACUACAGUUUCGACUAGGACCUCAACCACAUUCUACAACUGAUGAUUUUCUGAGAAGAGAUAAACUUCAAGUCGAGUGUCCCCUGGGAGCGGAACCAUUUCCUCCAGCUGACGAUUUUCCGAGACUCAAGACACCUCCCGAGGGUCUUUUCGUACCUCUUCCACCAUCUCCACUUGAUGAAUCUCUUGGCCUCAAGACACCUCCCGAAUGUCUUCUGGUACCUCUUCCACCUUCUCCAGUUGACAAUUUUCUGACACCAGAGAAACCGCCCGUCGAGUGUCGCUGGGGACCUGUACCGUCUCCUCGAGGUGAUAAUGUUAGGAAACGCAAGACACCUCCCGACUCUUUUUUUGUACCUGUUCUACCUUCUCCACUUGAUGAUUCUCUUAGCCUCAAGACACCUCCCGAGUGUCUUCUGGUACCUCUUCCACCUUCUCCAGUUGAUGACUCUCUGAGCCUCAAGUCACCUCCCGAGUGUCUUCUGGCACCUUAA